GUUUGAAUCUUCAUUUCAAUCAACCUAGCUAACCAUAGUAAUAACCAUGGCGCCACCUCCUAAUUGGCGGACUUGUAGUUAUUUCCUCUUUUCCCUCUUCUCCCUAUUACUCUCCUCGCAAGUGUGCACCAGCGCCGGCGACACGCCGGAGAUAGUCUACCACGGUGGGGCCCUCCUCACGGGAAACGUCAAACUAGCCCUCGUGUGGUACGGCCGGUUCGGGCGCGUCCAAAAGAACACGGUGAGGGCGUUCGUGAAGUCACUGAACUACGUCGGCCACUACCACUACACGUCGCAGCAGCCGCUGGUGUCGUCGUGGUGGAAGAUCGUGGAGUCAUAUCAGAGCGCCGCCAAGCAGCCGCAGAGGCCCAUCACGGUGAAGGUGGUGAGGCAGGUGACGGACACCAGCUACUCCAUCGGGAAAGUGAUCACCGCGGAUUUUCUGAAGCCGCUCAUCCAGAAGGCCACCGAGGGGAAUUCCGGCAUCGUGCCGGUGAUAUUCACGGCGAGGGACGUUUCGGUGCAUGGGUUGUGCAUGGGGAAAUGCGCCGACCAUGGGGUUAUUGACCAACAACCGUACAUCAUCGUGGGGAAUCCGCAGACAGAAUGCCCUGAGGAAUGCGCUUGGCCGUUUGCAGGAGGACCGAACUUGAUCCCACCCAGCGGUGAUAUCGGUGCGGACGCCAUGGUCAUUGGGUUCGCCCAAGGAUUGGUCGACACAAUGACCAACCCACUGGAGACCGGGUUUUUCGAAGACAGCCUCAGGAAGCCACUAGAGGCUUCAUCGGCUUGCAUGGGUAUUUUUGGGAGCGGGGCAGUACCCCGGGAGCAACCCGGGUAAAUUGCUCAAGGAUCCGAUCACCGGCAAGAGCUUCAAUGCCUAUGGCUCCAAGGGGAAGCGGUUUUUGGUCCCUGCGGUAUGGAACCCGGUCACGAAUGCUUGUUGGACCUUGAUGUGAAAUUAAAUCAGCACACAUAUAGAUAUUACAUCCAUCUUUUAUUAUUACCCAAUCUUUAAUUGAUCUCUUGUUAAUUCUGAACCUGAUUUUUUCUUUCUUCUCGAUCUCGCUCUUUGUUGUUGUUGUAUUUUCAUCAUCUUAAUUAUUUCCGUCCUGUAGCUGCGUAUAUAGCCUGACUCGAGUUUUGAUUUCUUUUAUAGACAUCGAUUUGUACUGUGGGUGAUCUUGAUUGUUUAAUUUUGAUAGAGAUCUAUGUUGAUUCUUUCAAAUUCAAACCUUGAUAGAGGUCAUUUGGAUGAAAGAAAUUUGCACAUUUGUGUAUAUGCAGAAUUUGGGAACUUUCACAAAAAAAAAAAAGAAUUUGGGAACCCACGAGUAAUUUCACCCUUCAGUUUUUAUUCUGAAAAGACUAUGUCA